AUGAGCACUAAAAAAGACACCAUCAUCACCCUCAAGACUGGAGGGGGCAAGAGCGCACUGUGGAUGACCACUCCUCUUAUUGAUCCUAAAGAGCGCUGUAUUGUCAUCUGCCCAUUUGUCAUUCUCCUAGAGGAACAAGUAGCAAAAUGCAUGCAACUUAGGCUUUGGGCCCACAAUUUCACCAAAGAUAAGAAUGUUCCCCUUAGUAUUCAGAUUCUCUUUGUGCAGGUAGAGAGCACCUCUUCCAAGGCGUUCCAGAUCUUCAUGGCAUCGCCUGAAGGAUUUUCCUUCGAAAUUUUUUUUGUUGAUGAACACCAUGACUUUCUGGUAUGUCAUCCGGAUCGCAAGGAGCCAUGGCUUCGUCUUGCUGCCCAAUUUUCCAAGUGGCCAAAGCAAAUCAACUUGCUCUCGGCAACGUCCCCCCCUUCCAACACCACCACCUGUUUGAAAGCCUUUUUGAUUCAUCCCAACGAUCUCGUCAUAUAUUGCACCUGCACAGAUCACCUAGAGAUAGGACUUCAUGUUUUACAUGUCCUUCCUAACCAUUUCAAGUCAUCUCUCCAGUCCCUUGUAUGCCAGCUGCAGUUGAAGAUGAGCGGUUCAGAUCACAUGCUCAUCUUUUUCAGCUCCAACAAAGAUGCAGAUAACUUCGGCACCGCAAUCCAGUGUGCAGUCUUUCACAGCGAUCUUCCCACUAUGGGAGAAAAUACAAAAGCGCAAAACCUUAUGAGGUGGGAAAGUGGAGAGACCAAAGUCAUGGUGUGCACUACUGCCUUUGCUCAGGGAGUAGACAGAAGCUCUGUGUGCUUUGUGGUGAUAAGCGAGGUCGAGUAUGGUCUUAUGGUGGUGAACCAGAUGUUAGGACGUUCUGGACGGGAUGGACGUGAGGCACAUACAUUCUACCUCACCCAAAAAACCAGUCUGUCCUCAUUCGAGAGCGGUAGAGACUACUACUGCAUCAAAGGUUUGGAUGAUGUCUUGUUCACUAAUGACUAUCACAGGUACACCUCCAUCAAGUACAUGGACGGCAGGGGUUUCGCAUACCGUUGCAAUGACAGGCCUGACACUGUGAAGUGUGAUGUCUGUAGCCCUACUAGUGAGAUGCAAGGCAUUGCCUUACAAGCUCUCAAGGAUGCACCACUGCAGCCUUCCUUACUGUUGUCCUUCCAAGAAUCCUCAUUGUAUGAUAGCAAUACAUUGUUCAGAAAGGCUUCAGGAGAGACCUCUCAAAUCAAGAGAGUGCUCAAUGCUACAGAGGCAGCUCAUGCCCCACUGGGUCCUCAAUGCAUCAUUGACCUUCCAGGCAAGGUUCGGCCAACUCCCCUCUCAUUUUCUCAACCGAUAGCAUCCAGAGCAUUCAGGGCACUGCCCCCUCCCUCAUCACUUCCAGCCCCUGUGCCAUCGUCCUCCACCAGGAGCAUGAGAGUAACUGCAGGACUUCACAGUCGAUUGGACUGUACUUCGCUUCUCGACAGGUACAUGAGGAAGUUACGGGAUUGCUGCCCUGUCCAUUUUGGCAUCGACUACCAAGUCCAUAAGAAGGAUGCAUGCCCUGUAGGAAGCGGCCCUCCCAACCCCAUGUACUACAACUUCAAAAAAAGUUUCACCUUCCAACGGUUCACUUACUGCUUCAAAUGUGCUCUCCCCCAGAACUACAACCACAACAAAGAGGAGCCAUCAUGCCACUCCCAGGUUCUUUACCAGAAAGGAGUACCUAGUUGUCCUUUUGCUGGUUUCAUCUUUGAAGCCGUACUUCACAUUUGGAAGUCAGGUAAAGCUAGCCAUUUGGCUGGGACUUUGGGACAACCCACCGGUUGGGUCAGCUAUGAGGAGUUUGUAUCUUGGGUGAAUGAAGAGGAGAAGGACCAGGGAAGGUACAUCAACCUCCUGGAGAUUUUUAUCGCUUUUUGCAAGAGGUUGGAGGAGUCAGACCCUAAUUUCUUUCGGUAG